UUACAUUCCCGCCGCAAGUUCUUUGUAAUGAACACGUUACAUUGCGUUACAUCAUGGCGGGGCCGUGACGUCGCUGUUGUCGGGAUUUUGACGAGCGCCCUCUGGUGGACGUGGCGCGGGAGUGCAGCUGGGGCGAGUCUUUUUACACACGCACGCAGUUUUUUUGUUUUUUUUUACAGACGAUGGAGCGCAUCCACACGGUCGGAAUAUGGAUGGCGGAGAGUCUCCAGCGGGAAACGAGAAGCUUGGAGGGCUUUUGGUUGUUCGCCACCCACGCCGGGAACCCCAAGGCGGCCUUCCUGCUGCUCUUCCCCCUCGCCGACUUCUUCAGCCGCAGAGCCGGCGUGGCGGUGCUGUGGGUCGGCGCCCUGGCGGACUGGCUCAACCUGACGCUCAAAUGGGUGAUGUUCGGAGAACGGCCGUAUUGGUGGAUCGGUGAGUCCCGGGUCUUCCUGGCCAAGCAGCCCCAGGUCCAGCAGUUCUCUGUCACCUGUGAGAAUGGAGCAGGAAGUCCCUCGGGACACGCCAUGGCGACGGCGGCAGUGGGGUGGGUGGCGGCGUCCUCGCUGGCCUCCUUCCUGUCCCGCCGUACCCGCAGCUGGCCCCUGACCUCGGCUCCUUACCUGCUCUAUGCCACCUUCCUGCUGGCGGUCUGCCUUUCCAGAGUCUUCUUUCUGGCCCACUUCCCGCACCAGGUGCUCUCCGGGGCCCUCAUAGGUCUUCUGGUGGGGAGCCUUCUGAACCGCAGGGUGCCAAAAGGCCGCCGCCUCUUUUUCUUCUUCCACCUCAGCGCCGCUUUGAUGGGCGGCGCCCUGAUGCUGUACAUUGGUCUUCAGCAGCUGGGGGUCGACCUCUCCUGGUCUUUAAGUUUGGCUCACAAGUGGUGCCAGCGUGCCGACUGGGUCCGCCCCAACAUGUCCUCCUUCACGUCUCUGACCCGGGACUGCGGGACCCUCCUGGGCCUGGGCCUGGCCGAGUACUGGAAGCCCGGCGGCUGGUCUCUGCCCCGGACGUGGCGGGCCUUGUCCCUGGCUCUGUCCUCCGCGGGCUUGUACCUGGUCCACCGCCUGCCCACGCCCGUGCGACCGCCGGCGCUCUACUACUCGCUGGUCUUCGUCAAGUUCGCCCUGGUGCCUCAGGUGGUGAUGGCGCUGGUGCCGGGUCUGCUGCACCUUGUGACGCGCAGGAAGAGAGACUAGUCGACCGGGGCUUCUACUUGAAACAGAAUGUCUACCUCCAGAGUGGAAAUGUCUUCUUUAUUUUCAUGGCGGGAAACGUUUUCAGAAUAAAAUGACAAUAAUGA